AUGGCGCCCAAGACCGAGGAGGAGAACACCACCCGCGAGGUAUGUACGGCUGCCAAGACAAUUACUCGAGCACUGGACUAACAUUCUCAAAACAGGCGACUUCACCCCACGACAUACCAGAGGAUAUCAUCGCUGCACUCGUUGGAUUGGGCCACCCAGCGGGUUCCGUCGACAAGCGCACUGCCACCGCGGCUGCAGAGACAGCCAAGAACGGCGCCUCACUCCAGGAGCAGUCCGAGUUGAUGGGCUAUGCCAAACUCGUCUUCGACUUUCUGGGAAAGGUGGGCGAGCAGUCGUUCGAGUACACUCCUUCCACCAACGAAUACCCAGCGUAUGGUCGGCUGAUGGCCUACCCUUGGGCGACGUCCUCUGCACACAACACGCCUGCCCAUCCUCAGGCUCCAUCCUCCGGCGCCGCACCACCAGGUCCAUCACAGCCUCAGGGUGCAUCCAAUGCGUCCACCUCUUCGAAGGAUGCCUCCGCCCAUCAGCAUCAGACCGGUCCCGCCAACAACAUGACAGCUUCGGCAGCUUGCCCACCGCUUGCGGAUCGAAUUGCGCAGGUACUUCAGGAUGCAUCCAGUAAGUUGUUGACGUUUUUGACCAUUGGAAAUACUGAAUUGACCGUCUAUUCUUAGUGCAUCUUGGCGAAGCAGCCAGCAUUCUCCGUGACGUGGAAGAUGGCAUGGUUGAGCGGACGCUUGCCGGAGCACCGGAAAUGCUAGCCUUGGUGCAGCAGCAAGAGUUUAACGUCACCAGCCUCGCCCAAUUUGAUCAGUUCGUCCAAGUAGUCGGCGACAUUAUCGUUGAUCUGCAGGCGAGAAUGGAGAGAUCGCGCAACGUCCCAGAGUCCGAGAAGCAGCCUGAUGUCGCGCUCGCCGAUGAAUGUAUCGCACAUUUCCAGCGGGUGUAUCAGACCGUCUUGGAUGAGACCGAACGCGUGAUGAAGAAGCUCGAGGCAGGUCUGGACUCGUUGCGGAGCUUGGAAUUCGAACUACAGGUUGCGAAGGCGGAAGAGCGAGCGAAGAAAGAGGCUGAGCGUCAGGUCACAAAGGCGGCGCGGGAGGCUGAGAGAGAGCCUGAGCUCUGA